AUGCGGGAUUCUAGUCACCGAUGCGUACCACUGAAUAGGUCCAGUGUGACUAUAACGUCCAGCGUAUAUGACAGAAGAGGUUUAGACUGCAACUCAGAUAUUCCACUGAUAAACUCGCUAAACCAUUUAACAUAUUUGACGUCAAACUCUGCCAAAGUGCGGGAAACUGUGGCAAAUGAUGGCGCUCUGAUUAGACUGGUUUCGAUUUUACACGAUUGUUACAUUUCACUCGAUGAAUGGCCCAAUAUGCGGCUGGAAGGCCAUUUGAACGUUGUUCAAAGAGUUGAGAGAGAAAGGAAGCUUGCAAUGAUAGCAUGGAAGUGGACACUAGCAUUCCAGUGCUUAGUACUUACGGGAACAAGAGGUACGGAACAGAUUCGUAAACAGGUGGUUUCGUCUGGGGUCAUUCCGAUUCUCGCCACCGUCCUCGACAACUAUCUUUUACUGGAGAAGGGCUACGACUUCAUCGAUGAUACGUCGCUGCUGCAGGAAAUGAGACACCUGGAUUUCAAGAAUGGUUGGGCUCUAUCACAGGAAGUCGACUUGGAUAGUCUUGUUCGAAAAUACAAAGCUCUGAGUAAGCCUGUUGUCACACAGUUGGGCACGAGUUUUGCCGAGCUCUGGCAAUCCAGCGCUGAUACACAAGACACUAGUACCAAUGAAACUGAUCUAUACGAAAACAUUGUGGUAUCAAUACCGAGGGCUUUUUCAUGGGGCAAAAUUGUACCCAAAGGUGACGAUGUAAUUUGGUCCUUACAGCUACUUGCCUUCAUUUCAAAGUAUACGCAUAUGAAACCUCACCUACAAAAAGUGCACCUCGUUAAGUCUCUUUCUCUGCGAAAUGUCUAUUCAAUCGCCUGGAAAACUCGCGUGCGAGCUCCCGACAUCUCGUCACUGAGAAUAUCGCUGGCAAACCAUGUAGAACAUCAAAACAGCGUUUCGGACACCGAAGUGAUAGCGAAACCAGGGUCUGAACGUGGUGAACCGGUUGUUGACAUGAAUGAUCCAUUCUUCAUAGACAUGAAACAAAGAUGCGAAAAAAUAGGUGGUCGAGUUUCCUUUCACAACAGUAACGAUCGUCCCUCUGCAGUGCGGAAGAAUAAUCAAGAUCCAACAGGGCCACGAGAGCAAAUGAGAGCACUUAAGAAAGAGUUCAGUCAUAAAUGGAAUUACAAUACACUGGACAAAACGUUAGACGAAGAGACGUUUCUCCAUAUAGCAAAUGCCCCUCAUCUGAAUCUGUUUCCAUUAGUGGAACGAUUCACGGUUAAAAAGGAAAACGAGAGAGACAUGACUUAUUGGAGUUCUGUGAUCAUGCGCAACUCGUGUCGGAAAAAUGAAAGCACUGGCGUGAGACAAUGUGCCAACUUCUCCUGCGGUAAAUGGGAAGACUAUCCAAAGAGAUUUGCUAAGUGUCGACGUUGCAAAAGAACGAAGUAUUGCUCUAGAGAAUGUCAAUUGCAGUCGUGGAACUACCACAGGUAUUGGUGUCAGGAAGUUGGAAGCUCAUCUGCCGGUCAGAAUACUACUUCCAACGCAAGUGGUAGAACUACACCCAACCAGCCUCAAGGCACCACAGGAUUCAUAACGGAUUCUGCUGCGACGGAUAUACCCAACAUCGACAGCGAGAGAGCUCUCAUAACAGCAUCGGAUGAUAACACUGAUAUAACACAUACAAUAGGAGGCCGCAACACGCUUCCCGAUAGUGCCUGA